GGGGGUGGCGCGCUCAGGAGUGACGCGACUGCAUGCGCGGGGCGGGGCCGGGCUGGGCCGUGGCGCUGGCAGCUCUAAGACUUCAGCGCGACUCCAGCCCUCCGCCCCGCCGCCAUGAGCACCAAGCAGGUCACCUGUAGGUAUUUUAUGCAUGGCGUGUGUCGUGAAGGCAGCCAGUGCCUGUUCUCACAUGAUCUGGCAAACAGCAAGCCGUCCACCAUCUGCAAGUACUACCAGAAGGGCUACUGUGCCUAUGGCACACGCUGCAGAUAUGAUCAUACAAAGCCCCCAGCUGCAGCAGGUGGAGCGGUUGGCCCUGCACCCCACUCUUUGCCAUCCUCAGGCUUGCCCAGUCCUCACCCUUCUCCAGACAUUGCCACAUCUGUUAUGAGGACACAUUUGCAUGAACCGGGGAAGCGAGAGAAGAAGACGCUGGUGCUCAGAGACCGAAAUCUCACUGGCCAGGCUGAAGACAAGACUCUACCGAGCACAGUGAAUAACCCAGGUGGCUGCAGUGACCCUCAGACCAGCCCAGAGAUGAAGCCCCAUUCCUACCUAGAUGCCAUCAGGAGUGGCCUGGAUGACUUGGAGGCCAGCAGCUCCUAUAGCAACGAGCAGCAAUUAUGCCCCUACGCUGCUGCUGGGGAGUGCCGGUUUGGAGAUUCCUGUGUCUACCUGCAUGGGGACAUGUGUGAGAUCUGCAGGCUUCAAGUUCUGCACCCCUUUGACCCAGAGCAAAGGAAAGCUCAUGAGAAGAUGUGUAUGUCAACAUUUGAACAUGAGAUGGAAAAGGCUUUUGCCUUCCAAGCAAGCCAGGACAAAGUGUGCAGCAUCUGUAUGGAGGUGAUCUUGGAGAAGGCAUCUGCAUCUGAGAGGAGGUUUGGCAUUCUCUCCAGCUGCAGCCACACCUACUGCCUGUCCUGCAUCCGCCAGUGGAGAUGUGCCAAGCAGUUUGAAAACCCGAUCAUAAAGUCUUGUCCAGAGUGCCGUGUGAUAUCAGAGUUUGUAAUUCCAAGUGUGUACUGGGUAGAAGAUCAGAAUAAAAAGAAUGAAUUGAUUGAAGCUUUCAAACAGGGAAUGGGGAAAAAGGCAUGUAAAUACUUUGAGCAAGGCAAGGGGACCUGUCCCUUUGGAAGUAAGUGCCUUUACCGCCAUGCUUACCCGGAUGGACGGCUGGCAGAACCAGAGAAACCUCGGAAGCAGCUGAGUUCUGAAGGCACUGUGAGGUUCUUUAAUUCAGUGCGGCUUUGGGAUUUUAUCGAGAACCGAGAAACCCAGCAGGUCACCAACACAGAUGAUGUUGACGUGACAGAGCUUGGAGACCUCUUCAUGCAUCUUUCUGGAGUAGAAUCAUCAGAACCCUAGAAUCAAUGCUGACACCUUCAUCUAGGGCUCUGCAGUCACAACUUUCCAAGGCAGGGUGCACAAGCCGCUGUCACUGACCCAAGGUGGCAUGGUACCUGGAUAUGAGGACGGCAGUGAAUCCCCUUGGUCUCUUCAUGCUCCACUUUCACAGCCCUGGUGAAGGGAAAGGCAUAAGAUAACCAAGUCCAUGGAAUCUACAUUUAGAGAUGAACUCUUAGUUGUACCUCCAGCCCGUUAGGGGGAACCAGCUAUGUGGUCCAGCUGUUUUAACUGAUUGCUUUUAAAUGAAACCCAAACUGCCAUCUUUCUUUUGUGACUUUCUUCCUUAAGCAUCAGUAAACUUGGAGCUGCUUACAAA